AUGGCGGAACCAUCGCAGGCUCCGUCUCCGCCGAUUCCCCGGCGAGUCAACGCAGCCGUCAUAGGAGCCGGACCAGCCGGCCUCGUGGCGGCUCGAGAGCUCCGCCGUGAGGGCCACAGCGUGACGGUGUUCGAGAAGGGAUCCCAAAUCGGUGGCACCUGGGUGUACACGCCCGAGUUCGAAUCCGAUGACCCGCUCGGCAUCGACCCGACCCGGCCCGUCGUCCACUCCAGCAUGUACGAGUCGCUCCGGACCAAUCUGCCCAGGGAGGUGAUGGGAUUCAUGGACUACCCCUUCGUCGCCGGCGGCGGCGGCGGCGGAGGCGUCGACGCCGACGGGAGGAGGUUCCCCGGCCACCGGGAGGUGCUGAGGUAUUUGGAGGAGUUCGCGAGGGAGUUUGGGAUCGGCGAGGGGAUCGUGAGGUUGGAGAGGGAGGUGGUGAAUGUUGCGCCGGUGGAGGACGGCAGUGGCCGGAGCUGGAAAGUGACGUCGGUUAAUAGUAAUAACAAGGAGGCGGUGGAGGAGAUGGAAGAGGAAGUUUUUGAUGCGGUGGUUGUGUGCAACGGCCAUCACUCCCAGCCUCGAAUUGCUGACUUCCCUGGCGUCAAGUCGUGGCCUGGAAAGCAAAUCCAUAGCCACAACUACCGCACACCUCAACCCUUCAAAGACCAAGUCGUGGUACUGAUAGGCCACGCCCCCAGCGGAGCUGACUUGUCCAUCAACAUAGCCGGAGUCGCCAAACAGGUCCACGUUGCUUCCACAACAGUAGUUGAUCCUAACAACAACAACAUCAAUUACCCAUCCCAAAGCCACCCUACCUUUCCCAACAUCUGGAUUCAUCCCAUGGUAGAGAAAGCUUGUGGAGAUGGAAGUGUAGUCUUCCGAGACGGCGUGACUGUCUUCCCCGACAUCAUCAUCCACUGCACCGGCUACACGUUCCACUUCCCUUUCAUCAGAACGGCGGGAAUCGUGACGGUGGAGGACAGCAGCGUGAGGCCGUUGUACAAGCACGUUUUCCCGCCGGCAUGGGCUCCGGGGAUCUCCUUCGUCGGUCUCCCACACAGGAUAAAAUAUGUUUUUUUUUUUUUUUGUGUAUGCAAAAUAAAGACGCUCCUAUUCCCACUGUUCGAGCUCCAGAGCAAAUGGAUCAGCGGCGUUCUGUCGGGUCGGAUCUCGCUCCCGUCGGAGGAGGAGAUGAUGAGGGACGCCAACGACUUCUACUCCGCCAUCCAGGCUGCCGGUGUGCCGACGAGGCACACCCACAAUAUGCUUGCCACCGCUGCCUUGGAGGGCGACGACUACAGCGACUGGGUUGCAGCACAGUGCCAAUGUCGAGGCGUCGAGAGCUGGAGGCGAGGAAUGUUUCUAGCGUCACGUAGCAACGGUCAGGCUCGUCCCGAAACGUUUCGUGACGAAUGGGAAGACGGCGAGCUCGUCAUUGAGGCUCACCGCUAUUUCGCCAGUUUGAAACCAUAAAAAAAGGCUUCGAGUGAACCUCAGUUUUAGCUCAUUGUAAUCUUCUCUAGUUCAGUUCGUCGAAACCAUGGUGGAUGAAAUGUUUGUGUUAAAAGAAUGAUUGAUUACCCUU